AUGACAUCAAAUAACCUACCUCAAGACGACUACUUCGACCUCGGCACCUAUCACCGCCCUGUAAGCACGACAAACCCUCAAGCCCAGACGUGGUUCAACCGCGGCCUGAUCUGGACCUACGCCUUCAACCACGAAGAAGCAGCAAGAUGCUUCCAAAACGCGGUUGGCCAUGACCCAACCUGCGCAAUGGCCUACUGGGGCCUCGCAUACACACUAGGCCCAAAUUACAAUAAGCCGUGGCAGUUCUUCGACGAGGUGGAAUUGGCGUCGACCGUGCGGAGAACACACAACGCAGCACGCGACGCAAAGAAGCACGCGUCCACAGCUACAGCGGUUGAAUCCGCUCUCAUCGACGCCGUGCAGUCCCGAUACCCGCAUGAAAAACCGGGGCAGGACUGUAGCGCAUGGAAUCAGGGGUACGCGGACGCCAUGGCCGCCGUGUACGCGCGGUUUCCCGGGGACCUGGACGUCGCAGCGCUGUACGCCGACGCGCUCAUGAAUCUGACGCCGUGGGCGUUGUGGGAUUUACGUACUGGCCAGCCAGCGCCGAGGGCUCGAACGCUUGAGAUAAAGGACGUCCUUGACCGGGCCCUUGCUGCGGCUGGGGGUUUGGAGCACCCCGGUCUCGUGCAUCUCUAUAUCCACCUCAUGGAGAUGUCUGGGGCGCCGGAGAAAGCGUUGACAGUGGCGGAUCGCCUGCGCGGUCUGGUGCCUGAUGCAGGACAUCUGAAUCAUAUGCCCACUCAUCUCGAUGUCCUCUGCGGCGAGUAUAGACGCGCGAUAUCGUCGAAUUCGGAGGCGAUUGAGUCGGAUAAGAGGUUUGUGGAACGGGCUGGGGUUGUGAAUUUCUAUACCUUGUACAGAGCGCAUAACUACCACUUCCGGAUCUAUGCGGCUAUGUUUGCGGGUCAGUCGCGGGUUGCUUUGGACACGGCGAAGGAGCUGGAGGGUCAGAUACCCGAGGAGCUGCUGCGGAUACAGUCGCCGCCCAUGGCGGAUUGGUUGGAGGGGUUCCUGGCGAUGAAGGUGCAUGUGCUUAUUCGGUUUGGUCGGUGGGAGGAACUGCUGAGUCUCGACAUUCCCGCUGACGAGGAGCUAUACUGCGUUACGACGGCGAUGAUACACUACGGCCGUGGCGUCGCGUUCGCGGCAACAGGGCGAGUCAACGACGCCGCUCACGAGCGCGAGCUGUUCCAGUCGGGCUUCAAGCGCGUCCCGAGCAGCAGGAUGCUCUUCAACAACACCUGCACCGACAUUCUGGCGAUCGCAUCCGCCAUGCUAGACGGCGAGCUCGAAUACCGCCGCGGCAAUUACGACUCCGCAUUCCGCCACCUCCGGCGCUCAAUCGAGCUAGAUGAUAACCUUCCCUACGACGAACCCUGGGGCUGGAUGCAGCCGACCCGACAUGCCUACGGCGCCCUAUUGCUGGAGCAAGGGCGAGUCGAAGAAGCGGAGGCCGUGUACAGUGCGGAUCUGGGCAUGGACGACACAUUGCCUAGGGCGCUGCAGCACCCGAACAACGUCUGGGCGCUGCAGGGGUGGCACGAGUGCCUUGUGAGACUUGGACGGCACGCAGAGGCGCGCAUCGUGAAGCAGCAGCUGAAGUUUGCGGCUGCGGGGGCGGAUGUUGAGGUUACGGCGUCUUGCUUUUGUCGGAGGGGCGUUGAUACUUCUUGA